GUAACUCUUGUCUAUGACUAUUCGUGCAAGUGCGAAUGCGAAUCCAUCCAUCAAUUCGGCACGCUACCGUAUCGCCUACUGUGUCAGGUGGCUGAUUUCACCAUUGCGAUGAUAAGUACCUAAAGAUUGAUUGGACUUUAGUGCUGACUCCAAAUAUAAGUGCCAGCACCAUGGACGACGACGGAGAUGAUAAGGACGAUACAAAAAGGAGGACUCGCAACUUAAGUGAGAAAAAGCGGAGAGACCAAUUCAAUAUGCUGGUUAAUGAGCUAAGCGCUAUGGUCUCAACAAACAACAGAAAGAUGGAUAAAUCAACAGUCCUCAAAUCUACUAUCUCAUUUUUGAAAAAUCAUAAUGAAAUAACUGUUCGAUCAAGAGCUCAUGAUGUUCAAGAAGAUUGGAAACCAGCAUUUUUGUCAAAUGAAGAGUUUACAUAUUUAGUAUUGGAGGCAUUGGAGGGCUUUGUAAUGGUUUUCUCAGCUACUGGUCAAAUCUACUAUGUGUCUGAAAGCAUCACAUCAUUACUGGGCCACAACCCAGCUGAUGUCGUCAACAAAAGCAUAUUUGACCUGGCUUGUGAAGAUGAUCGGCCAAGUUUGUACAACCUAUUACAAAAUCCUGGAAGUGCAACUGACCCAAUGCAUGCUCUUGGUAAAGAAAACGAAAUCCGCUUCCAGUGCCAUCUGAAAAGAGGAUCUUUGGAUUUUAGAGAUGAAACUACUUAUGAACUUAUACAGUUCAAUGGCCACUUCCGAACGAAUAUGGAACCACUUGAUAGUGAUGAUAUGCAGAGCUACAAUCCGGACCAUGAGUCAAGGUUACUCUUCGUUUGCACGGGCCGGCUGUAUACUCCACAACUGAUCCGUGACGUGUCGCUGGUAGACUCCAGCCGCAGCGAGUUCACUUCGCGGCACAGUCUUGAAUGGAAAUUCCUGUUUCUGGACCACCGCGCACCGCCUAUCAUUGGUUAUUUACCGUUCGAAGUACUGGGAACCUCGGGCUACGAUUACUAUCACUUUGAUGACUUAGAAAAAGUAGUCACCUGUCAUGAGGCUUUGAUGCAAAAAGGUGAACUAACGUCGUGUUACUACCGGUUCUUAACAAAAGGACAGCAAUGGAUUUGGCUUCAGACACGCUUUUAUAUCACGUAUCACCAAUGGAACUCAAAACCAGAAUUUGUAGUUUGCACUCAUCGUGUCGUAAGUUACGCGGAUAUUGCGAAGAGCAUGAAACAAGAAGGUGCGGAAGCAGACACUGUAAGUGAGGCCGAAGUGAACCGAGGAGUGAUGAAAGAAGCCCCGUCUGAUGACGCCAUGGUGUCGAUGUCACCGUCAUACAUGUCCGAGGCGAGCGACGCCUUCGGUAACUCGUCCUACCAACCCUUGUCUCAAGUUAGUCCGGCAUCAGUUAAGUCAGCAUCGGCGGGCAGCACGACUGGGACGGUCGCUACAGCCGGUACAGUGGCGACUGCAGGCGCGUCGUGGACACGGGCUUCUCAUGUCCAUUUUACUGGCUCCGAUACAGGAUCCUUGUCCGGCGAGUCCCGCUCGUCGCAGAGAAAUUCCAUGCGCGAGAACUAUACAUUCCUGCAGACGCAUAAGAGCACGGAAGCAGCCCCGGCUCCACAGCAUGGUAUAGGCGCGCAGUACUUAGACCCCGCGCCGUACGUGAGUGCGGUGGGGGUGCCCGGGGUGCUGCCGCUGUCCAUUCCGCCUCUGCCGGUCAUCGUAUCACCCGACCAAGCGCAGAUGCAGUUGCAACGAAAGCACGAGGAGUUGCAGCAAAUGAUAGUCAGGCAACAAGAAGAGCUGCGGCAGGUGAAGGAACAACUGUUACUGGCCAGGCUCGGCAUCCUUCAGCCCCUAAUAAACGUCCAAGGCCCAUACGUGAACCCAGAAGACAUACAACAGAACCAGCGUCUACCGGCACAAAUAGUUUACGAGGCAGGCACGCCGCGGGCCAUCACCGGGUACCCGCAGCAACACCCGCCGCACGCCGGCGGACACCACCCGCACAUGCCGCAGUGAGCCGCCCCGACCGAAUUUACCACACAUCGUUGUUAUUAAGUUUAAUUUAGUUAAAACGCGUACCAUACGUACACGUACAGGUACACUACACUUGCCAAUCUGUUUAUUUGUAGGAAAAGCGCAGCUUCGGUCUAUCAAUUAAUUCAUGAUACACUUUGUUCUAAACAUUUGCCGUGCAAUAUCUCGCGGCUCAUACCGAGUCAUGAAUUAUUGUUGACAGGUGUAUAGAAUUUAUUAUACAGGCGCCUGUAUGCAUUAUUCGUUUUACGUUUACUUUUACUUUGUUAUUGUAAAGAACACAAGCUCUACGCUCAGGCGCAUGGUACGUUUCAACGAAACUUGUUCAUUGAUAAAUAUGUAUAUAUUUUACAGUUUCUUGUUUAAUUGUUUCUUGUGUUAAAAGGCUGUGCAAUAUCUAACAAACUAUUUAACUUGUAAUAGAAAAUAUACAAGAUUGAAGUUAAGUAAUUAUUUUAAAUACUUUAGUAGGCACUUAAUUCAGUACAUAUUUUUGAAAUCUUUUUGUGUUAUGCGGUGAUCCUGUACACGGGUACCUACUUGUUGCAAAGCUUGUCUGCCUUAUAGAACUGAAUUUAGUAUUUCGCCAUAAUUAUGUGGAAUCAAUUUCGCACUUUUAUUCAUCCUUGGCGUGUUCUUGUAUCACGUUAUUGUGACAAAUAUGCAAACGUCACCUUCAUACCUGUAUUAUAUGUCCUUCCAAUCAUAAAACAUGUUCAAAACUGUUGAACCUUCGAACAGAACUCGUAAAGAAGCAUUCAAUCUUUUUACUUUGUAUUUAAGGUCAUAUUCCCGUGUACAGUUUUAUGAUGAUUUCAAGAAAGUGUUGUUAUGUUUUAAUAUCUACACAUUAUUCGAUUCGAUCUACAACGUGCCAUUUGCCGUGAUUUGUUUCAGACGUUUCACCGAAAGAACAUGGUUUUGUAAAAUAUAAUUUUACACAUAUUUUGAUCUCGUUACUGAAUUUAGUGGCUAGGUAAUUAUUUACGUUACGUUGUUUUUGAGAUAGUCGCGUUCAUGACCUGUGAAACAUCAGUUAAUGGUUUAUUUCUUAUAUUGACAAAUCAUUAAUGCCUUUUUGAACGGCUUUAUUAUUUGGCUGGAAUGCUGUUAAUUGGCUUUGUCGAUUAUUCACAUUAUAUAAUUUUGUUACAUUUUGUAGAAAAAAUAUUUUAGGCACUUUCGUUUUAGAUUUGUUGUUGUUAUUUUUCUUAGUUCAUUACGUUAAAGUUUAUAAUAUAUACUGAAACUUAUACGUUAUAUUGAGACUGCAUUGGUUUUUCAUUGCAUCUCUUGUUCGUUUGUUUGAAAAAGAACAAAUAAAAAAAAUAUUAUAAUUAAAUUAAUUAUUUUCGUCAAGCUAUUUAGCAAUUGUAUAAAUUGUUCAAAUUUUUAUCAUAGAUGUGAUGUCGAUUCUAAAUUAAUCGAGUGGCCAGUUAGGCGGUCGUGGGAUUCGUACAAAGUUGAGGAAACUAUCGAGCUCCUCAUGCCGAACGCGGUGCGAUAAUGAGAAAGCGGGCACUGGCCGAGCACAGGCAAGCCCGUGACUCUUGCCGUGGCUGAAUAUUUAUAAAUCAGGGAGGAAAGUAGUUAUUGUGUCUCGUUCAAACUUGUUACUAUUUGAGUGACAACGUCGGUUGUGCAAAUGACUAUAUAUUAUACUGUGAGAAUAAAAAACGAGCAUGCAGCGUGCACUUUUUUACUCUUAUUGCUCGGAUGCAAGUUUACUAACUUUUCUAUAAUCGUUUAUUCUUAGACCGUGCACGGUAGUUCGGUAUGCGGAACUCUUUUUGUCAUGCAGAUACAUUAAAUGACUAUAAUGUAUGUACAGAUACUUUAGUAUUAGUUAGUAAUUGUAAGUAUAUGUCAGUAGAGUACCUUGGGUGUAUAUUAUAAAUACAGAUAAUUACAAAAGCGGCGAGAGAAUAGUGCAUCGGUAAAAGUCGUUCAUUAACUCGACUCAUCGAAUUACUUCCGAUACUAAUAAAAUAAUCCCAACUGACUUUUGUAAUUGCUUGUAAUACCGUAAUUAUAAAAUAUCGAUAUGGCAGUCUUAGAUCCCGUGAUUGUAGCAUUGAUAGUGCGCAGUCUGCGUACUGAAAUUACGUUCUUGUUUACGUUUCCAUUAAAUUUUAUAUAUUUUAUAUUGGUUAAUAUUUUAGUUAGGUACGGAAUGUUGGUAAGUUAGGAUAAAAAUGAUAUUUGUCGGCAUCAACGCCAUCGGCAAAUAUUUAGUCAUACAAAUUCAUUAUUUCUACCUAUUCUUUAUGUAAUAUGUACACACCUGAAUCUUGUUUUAUUAUUGUUUAUAAUAAUGGGAAAUUAUAGAAAUUGGUUUUAGGCAAUUUUAUUAUAAAAUGUUUUUGUUUGUUAAUUAUAUUAUUUUGACUGAAAUGAUAAAAUAUGUAUUGUAUCAUCUUUCAUAGUUUAUUUAGUAAGCGUUUUGCUUAUGUUUUGGAUUUUAUGAAUGUUUAAAUAUUGAAUAAUUGUUAUGAAAGAAAUAAUUUACCCAUCGCAACAAAAUUAUAAUAAAGUUUGUAGAAAUGUGUUAAGAAUAGCAUUAAUAUAGAAUGCAGGAGAAAAGCCUAUGGUAUGGUAUGUAGGUUAAAAUAAAUAUGCGCCAUCAAAAUUGUAUACAAUAUUUAAAGGGAUUGUUGAAGUGUAUGUUCGGGAUGAGAUGGCAACUGUAAGCAAGAUAUAUUUUAUUUUGUUCCGCGUUCUUAGUUGAUAGCACAUUAUGUUAAAGUUAUUAUUGUUUUGUUGUAUCAGUUAACUACAGAUGGUAAUCUUGUCGCUGCAGUCCGAGGUCGAUGACCCCGGUCCGAAGCUAUGUGAUACUGUUUUCUAUAACAUGUAUAUGUAUCAUACAUCGGUCUAAUCAUCUUAAUCACGUAAUUAUUGAAUAAGUGGAUGUAGUGAAGAGAUAACAAGUUGUUCAUAAGUAUAACAAGUAAACCUAACUUCGUACAUGUCCAUGUAUGCACUUACAUUUCAGUUUAUGUUUCACUAACAGCCUUUCUCAAUAUCUGUGGAUUCUUUGGUUCGGCUAGAGAUAGCAUUUUGAUACAUUUUAUAUGAAGCUUAUGUCGAAAUCCUAUAUCUAGUAAGCAGGCCAGUGAUUUAUAGAUAACUGAAAAUGGCCUUCAAUUAGUGUGCACUGUUCAUUAGAGCGGUUCGUCGGAAAAUAUUUAAUUCAAUUUUUUGUCGUACGGCGUUCAAUAUUUUAUUGAGUAUAAGUUCACGUUUAGACCGCACAAGCAAUCCAUAGCAUUCGGCGUCAGCUUUAAGGAGCCAAUAGGUCUAUUUUAUUCGUACUCGUGUAUAUUAAUGAAUUUCUUGUCGGUACCGUGCUAUACAUUUAAUUACCAAAGCCAUUGUUUGAAUAUGAAAAUAAAAUCGACGAUUUUGUACUUCCUUAAAAUUUCGGAAGAAUCGCUCGUAACAAUCAUGUUUGAUAUUAUUUCUCAUUAGUAUGUAAAAUAUACGUUAGUGUAUAUAUUUUUGUACCAGCAAAUGUAAUCGUCCGCAUGUAUAGGACAAGUCAUAUCAUAUACAUGCGAAUAAUUGGGAGAAAUGUGGUGUUGUGGGGCGAAAUCUUUUAAUAAUAAUUCAUUAAACAGAUACGAAAAAGCAAGAGUAUGGUUAAACAUUUCUCUCAAGAGUAUUCUUAAAGAUAUUUUCGGACAUAUAAUUUAUAGAGAAAUAAAUCUAACGUCGCCUCAGCUCCGCUGCUAAUAACAGUUCGCGUAAACAAAACGCCACACAACACUGCUCAGUCUCUGUCGUCAGCUCUUUUUUGCCUAAGCUUUUUAACAAUGUACUACAUUUAGAAAGUUACAGGGUAUCGCCAAAAAGAAAAGCAUCGUGAAGUGAUAUUGUGAGUUAGAUGAUUAGCACAUUUGUGGAGAGAUGAUUUUUGAAAAUAUUCAAAAUAAAUAAACGAAAUAUGUAAUACAAAGAUCCUUUUUUUUAUUUCACAACUUAUAUUUACAAAUAUAAAUAACAAAAUACUUAGACGGCUAGACUUGUAGGUAACGUUAACAUGUGUUUACUCUUAAUAAAUAAUAUUUUCUACACAAACUUAUAUGGGUAAAUAAGACGGAAUUUGGCCCUUACGUAACUAAUAAGGAUACGCAGACUACUGCCCCAGGCUUUUUUAGUAAUACCAAAAUUAUCACUUCUUUCUUUACAUUCACGGAGCUUCCUGCCCUCUGCACAUUCGCCAGUAAUGGCCUUUCAACUUUAAUAAAUCUGCAUGAUUACCACGCUCCACAAUUUUACCUGAGAAAUAAUUCGAUCAUAUUAUUAUUAGGUCAUAGAAAUAUCAGAGUAAAAGUUAUUUUAUUGUGAAAGCUAAUGUUGCACAUUUAUGUAGAUAAUAUUAAAUAAGGAAAACUUUUUUAAAGGGGAAAUUCAUCGCAUGGGUUCUCUCGCCCUGAGUGAGGCUAGAGGGAAAGUCAGACUCUUACUGACUAAAAACCACCACCACCCUUCUCCUGCUCCAGCCCGGGACCGCGGUACCUGAUUGCGUUUGACCCGCGACCCCGGCAGAAAGCCACCCUGUGAUUGUUUGUUGAGAAUUCAUGUCGUAGUAAAUCCAGUUCGCCCGUGUGUGUAUGUUAUCAGAUUUUUUUAUAAAUAUAUAUUGUUACCUUUGUCCAGCACGCAGAUUAGGUCUGCGUCUUUGAUGGUAGUGAGACGAUGAGCGAUGGUUACACAAGUUCGACCCUCGGCUGCUUUUUCUAGUGCUUCUGAUACUACCUGUGAUAGCAAAAUUGUUAAGAAUUAGCUACUAGCUAGAGUUGAGACUGACAUACCAAGAAAGAGUAUAUUUUUUACCCGUUCACUGUUCGCGUCUAGCGCAGAAGUGGCUUCAUCAAGUAACAAGAGUCGCGGAGACCGAAUGAGCGCGCGCGCAAUGCACACUCGCUGCUUCUGACCGCCAGACAGCUGCGCUCCGCCAGAUCCAAGGUUUGUGUCGUAGCCCUGCGGGAAAUGGGAACAUUGAAUAUUUGCAGUAAUAGGUACUUAUGUUUAAUUUUUUUAAAGUGAUAGGGCGGCAAAUGGUCCGAGAGAUUACCUGAUGGCAAACAAUCAGCGCCGCCCAUGGACACCCGCAAUAACAAUGGAGUUACGUGUGCGUGCCGACCUUUAGGGGAUUUGUAGAUUUUAGGAUUGGGGAGGAGAAGGAUUGAGCCUCACUCACAGGGCAAAACACAACUCUGCGGUUGGUUCACGCCGGUUUUCUAUAAGGUUUUCUCCCACACUAAAUUUUUAAACUUUUUGCUUAGAAGGUACUGGACACCAGCAACUUCACAAUUUUAAAUUGGAAUUGAUGUUAUUCUUUCUUAAGCUUACCUUUGGUAGGGAAGUUAUGAAGGUGUGUAUGUUCGCUGCUUUGGCGGCUUCUAUGAUCUCGUGCAUGGUGACCUUUCUGGUGUUGUCUCCGUAAGCGAUGUUCUCAGCGAGUGUGCGGUCGAAGAGCACGGGCUCCUGCUGUACCACGCCCAGUUGACGACGUAGCCGGGGCAGCGUGAGAGACGAACGAUUGUCAAG